UGGGGCCACCAUAUUCCAAAAUACAGAAACAGGCAAUAAGGAGAACAGAUUCACCGAUCCUCUCCAAAUCUGCAAGUAACCCAUCUUCCCCUUCAUGAAGCAUCCAGCCACCUUCCAAUGCCCCAAGCAGAUAUCCUGACAGUAGUUCCAUAUAAGAGACUCCACCAUAUCCUUGUUCCCUUCAUCUAAAAAGACAUUCUGAUUGCAGAAAGCACUGGCUGCGGCUCCUGCUUCUUUAAAAGAACACUACAUCAUUAAGCCCCAGUUGAGUUACAUUACCACACAUGUGUUCAAGAACCCUUGAAUAGAAAUGUUUUAAGGGAGAGAUUUCAGUCAACAAUGCUGAAGCAAGGCAUAUGAGCAGAGGGGGCUGACAAGAAAUUGGGCCACUUCGAGCUAGGGCUGGUGAGAUACAUUACAGGAGAAGACUGUUGGCAGGAUCAUCACCUAAAUUAGUAAAACCUCCUUUUCUAGAAAUCAGAUCACUUGCUAUACCUCCAAUUGUAAAAAUAUAUUCUGUUAUUUGUUGCUGUUUAUUCUGUUAACUGCAGGUUACCUGUUGCUGUUGCUACUCCUGCUCUGUUGCUGCUCGAUCCUGCUCCAACCAAUUUCUGUUUUAUUUUUUAGUUUUUCAGUUGCUCAGUUAUUCUGUUAUAUGUGUAUAUAUAUCCUUCUGGGUAUAACAGGCAAGAUAAGAGAAGAGGAAGAAUUCUAUUGCAGCUUUCUCUGUGUGUGUUUCAGUUUCUUCUUCAUUCACUUCUCUAUUUUUCAGCUUUCAUUGCAAUCUUCUGUUUUCGUAAAAUGGUAUCAGAGCAGACUUGAUUGCAAAUUGUAAAAUCUUGUGUUUCUUCUUUCUUGAAGAAAACACAUUCAGCAUUUCAUUUUUUUUUUAUCGUGUUUUUCUUCAUCAUGUCUUCUCCUGCUUCAUCCUCUGAAAUUGAUUCAUCUAAUCCAUACUUUAUGCAUCAUGGCGAAAAUCCUGGUUCACUUCUGGUUUCUCAGCAAUUGACUGGACCGGAUGAUUAUCCCAGUUGGAGGCGUGCCAUAAUAUUGGCUUUAUCAGCCAAAAGCAAAUAUGGUUUCAUAAAUGGUACAAUAGUUAAGCCGAAGGAUGAAGAUCCUCUGUCUGCAGCCUGGUCAAAAUGUAAUAGAAUGAUCCUUUCUUGGCUCCUGAAUGCUGUUUCCGGAGAAAUUGCAUCAAGUGUUCUUCAUCAUGAAUUGGCAAAAUAUUUUUGGGAUGAUCUUGCUGUCCGAUUUCGACAAUCAAAUGGACCACGUCUCUAUCAGUUAAAGAAAGAUAUCUCCAACCUGAUGCAAGAAAAUUUAACUGUAACAGCCUAUUUCACUAGGCUCAAAGGUCUGUGGGAUGAAUUGUCUAAUUACAUAGCCACUAAGAAAUGUGUUUGUGGUUGAGGUUGUGCAUGUGGAAAGUCAUCUCAUGAGGAUUAUGUGCUGCAAUUUCUUAUGGGGUUAAAUGACGCAUAUUCACAAAUUUGUGGACAAAUAUUGUUGACUGAUCCUCUGCCUUCAAUCGGCAAGGUGUAUGCACUAAUUGUUCAGGAAGAGUGUCAACGAACUGCUGCAGGGCAUGUGCCUUCCAUUGAAUCUGCAGCAAUGUUGAGUAAGAAUUAUUCUUCAAAUGCACACCAGCAAAGAUAUCAGAAAAAUAAAAAGCAAAAGGGACGAUGUUCUCAUUGGGGUCAUGAGAAUCACUCAGCUGAAAGAUGUUAUAAACUACAUGGUUAUCCUCCUGGGUACAAAUUUACCAAAAAUAAGCCAGCAUCAAGAUAUACUACUUCUGCUCAUCAAGUCAUUGCUGAUAAAGAUUCAAUUGCAGCAAAUUCUUGUCCUUUUACUCCAGAGCAAUGUGAGCAGCUUCUGAGUCUCCUCAAGGCUCCUAACUCUUCAUCUUUGUCAACUGCCUUUGCUAUAAAUAACAACACAACAUACUCUUAUGUCAGGACCUUGUGAGCAAGAAGAUAAUUGGAGUGGGUAAAGCAACUAAAGGACUUUAUUACUUUCUGUUACCUGGAUCUGAAGACCUUCCGGAAUCAGAAUCUGCUAUAGCUACUUCUUUUUUACCAUACUCAGUUCAUUGUAUGAAUUUUGAUUUGUCUGAAAAAGAUCUUUGGCAUUGUCGUUUGGGACACCCUUCUGGUUCAAAAUUAUCUUUGUUAUAUAAUAAUAUUCCAAGCAUAAAUAAAGGUAGUCUUCAUAUCUGUCA